AAUAAGACAAUAAUACUUGUUUCUUCUUAUCGAAAUAAUAAAAUUGAAUAUUUAUAAUUAUAAUGAAUGAAUAAAAUUCUAUUUCCCAAUUUUUGAGCUCGAUAAAUUCUGAUUUGUCACCUUCUUCAUUUGUUUUGGUAACAGUCAAAUUUCAUUUUUCUCGCGAAGUUUCGAAUGAAGGGUUUUGAAACCAUCGCAAUUCGCCCGUGUCUGGUUGCUUGCUCGUUCAGAUAAUAACCGAGGGUAAUGCUUUGAUUAGUGAUAUCUUGUCCAUCAUGUUUUGAUUCUGAAGAAUUGAACAAUAAAAUAUUAGCUCAAUAAAUAGCGAGGGAUUGUAACACGCAGUUUCGGAAUUAUGUACUGGGGUGCGCCUACAGCUACCACAACUCGAGGUGGGUCGCCUACUGAUAAUGGCGAUUCUGUUGUAACUCUGGAUCAAGUUCCGCGAUGGAGUGAUGCAGAAAGUAGACUGUCGUUUGGAUAUGACAAUGACGACCCUUCAUCUUUAAAUGCAUAUUUUCCUGACCCUUUGACAUCUGCUGUUGAGGGCGAAAGUAGUGGCAAUGGGAUGGUAUCAAGGUUCCCUGUGGAUCAUGAAAUCAACUCUAAGAUAUAUUUAUGGAGGGGAAACCCAUGGAAUCUCGAGGUGGAUGCUGUCGUGAAUUCUACUAAUGAGAACCUCGAUGAAGCACACAGUAGUCCCGGUCUUCAUGCAGCAGCUGGACCUGGCCUUGCAGAAGAAUGUUCUACACUGGGUGGAUGUCGAACAGGGAUGGCUAAAGCUACGAACGCAUAUGACCUUCCUGCUAGGAGAGUCAUUCAUACGGUUGGUCCAAAAUAUGCAGUGAAGUAUCAUACUGCUGCAGAGAAUGCUUUGAGUCACUGCUAUCGAUCUUGUCUUGAGCUUCUCAUUGAAAAUGGGCUUCAAAGUAUUGCCAUGGGCUGUAUAUAUACAGAAGCUAAAAACUAUCCACGUGAGCCGGCGGCACAUGUGGCUAUAAGGACUGUAAGGCGUUUUCUUGAAAAGCAGAAAGAUAAAAUAAAAGCUGUUGUUUUUUGUACAAGCACGACAACUGAUACUGAAAUAUAUAAAAGACUGCUACCACUUUACUUUCCUCGAGACAAGCAUGAAGAGGAGGUAGCUAUAACAAAACUUCCUGCUGAUGUGGGGGAUGAGAAUGGUGAGACAAUAAUCGAUGAACGUAAGAUCAGAAUAAAGCCUUUACCCAAGAAAACUAUUCCAAAACCUCCCCAAGCUGAAGUAGACCUUCCUGUCAGUGACAUUGGUUUGGCACGAAGAAACUCAGCAUACUUGGAUGCGUAUCUGGAUCCAGCUUUCAUGUCUCUUAUUAAAGAUCCAGAUCAAAGGCGCAAGGAGCAAUGGGAAAAAACUGCUCAAGCCCAGAGUGGAUGGAAUUGUGCUAAAAUACUUGGAUUUGGUGAUCUUGGUGCUCCUCCACUUUCUGUAGCCGAGGAGUAUUCUCUCCACUCAAGAUACCUAGCAAAAGCAAAUUCUCUUAAUCUUUCAGAAAUUGCAGAAAUGAAAAUUGUUUACCGUGGUGGGGUAGAUAGUGAGGGUCGGCCUGUGAUGGUUGUUGUGGGAGCACAUUUUUUGCUACGAUGCCUUGAUCUGGAUAGAUUUGUGCUUUAUGUGGUGAAGGAAUUAGAGCCCCUGAUUCAGAAGCCUUUCACUAUUGUGUAUUUCCACUCUGCAGCAUCACUACAGCUACAACCAGACAUGGGAUGGAUGAAAAGAUUACAGCAGAUACUCGGACGGAAACACCAGAGAAAUCUGCAUGCAAUUUAUGUUCUUCAUCCUACAUUUCAACUGAAGGCUGCAAUUCUUGCUCUUCAAUUAUUUGUUGAUAGUGUGACGUGGAAAAAAGUAGUAUAUGUUGAUCGGCUUCUCCAGCUAUUUAGACAUGUUCCUCGCGAGCAGCUGACCAUCCCAGACUUUGUUUUCCAGCAUGAUCUGGAAGUAAACGGUGGGAAGGGACUGAUUGUGGAUCCUAGAACCAAAUAUGUAUAUCACCGACCGUAGGCGUCAGAUGCAGUUCGUUCGGACUGUGUGGAUCUUCAGUUUUGGCAUUCCUGCCUGGAUAAAGGAGGUAGCUUUGCUUAUAUUUUGUACAAAUUGUAUCUGUUCUUUUUUUCUUUGAUUUUUUGAAAUGUUGUAACUGGUGGUGUACGAGUAGUAUUUUAUUUGAUUUCUUGUAGAAUGACACAUUGGUUACUAAAGAUGGAAAUAAGGUUGUUGGUUCCUGUAA